AUGGUCCUCAAGCGCAUCAAAAAAGCCGUCCUCUUCACCCGGCUAUUCGGCUAUGUCCUCCGCCUCUACGUCUCCUUCCUCGGCCGCACGGUAUCAGUCCGGUUAGCAGGCCUGACCACCCGCACCUCAAGCCCACCCGUCGACCCAUCCGAAGUCAAGAACAUUGUCGUCGUAGGCGCUGCGUUUGCAGGCUACUUCGCCGCGCGCACUCUAGCCUGGUCUCUGCCCCGGGAUGGCAGGUACAGGGUGGUCGUGAUCGAACCCAACAGCCACUUCAACUUCACAUGGGUGUUGCCCCGGUUCUGUGUGGUCGAGGGCCACGAGCACAAGGCCUUCAUCCCGUACACGCCCGACUUCUUUGCCAAGGGCCCCAAGGGCAUGGUGAGGUGGAUCAGGGAUCGGGUGGUGUCGGUUCGGCGGGAAAGUGUGGUCUUGCGGAGUGGUGAGGAGGUGCCCUAUGAGUAUCUCAUCAUAGCCACAGGGUCCACGGUGGCGGACGGGCUCCCGUCACGCGUCGGGGUUGAGGAUAAGGAGGGAGGGGUGGAGCUGCUCAGAGCUAUGCAGGCUCGUAUCAAGGGUGCAGACCAUGUUGUUGUUGCCGGCGGUGGUGCGGCUGGUGUUGAGCUGGCCACGGAUGCGAAGAACCAGUAUCCGGACAAAUGCAUUACUCUGGUGCACUCACGGGGGGCAGUCAUGCAUCGCUUUGGGCCGGGUCUACAGAAAGCGGCCAUGGACGCCCUGCAGACGUUAGGGGUUGACGUGAUCCUGAACGAGAAGGCGGACCCGACGAGCGCUGACGGCAAGUUCAUCACACUCAGCUCAGGGAGGAAGAUCGAGUGUGACUGCUUUAAACCGGCAUCAGGUCUCAUUACGGAGCUAGCACCCGAGGCUAUCUCCCCAUCGGGCCACAUCCGUGUCAAGCCCACCCUCCAGAUCGACGCCGACUUCCCCAACAUCUAUGUCUGUGGCGACGUGGCAGACACCAAGGCGCCGAACCCCAAUUCGCGGAUAGCCGCACGUCAGGCCGAGAUUGCUGCGGACAACGUGGUGCUUGCUGUCAGGGGGAAGAAGCCGAGGUACACGUACAAGACGCAGUGGGGGGACGGUGUGAUUAAACUGACUUUGGGGCUGGUAAGUACAUGCACCCUGAUGGGAUGGCGUUUGCUCACUGAGAGCCUGCAUGAACGGUCCGUCACUCAGUUCUGGGAUGGCGAGGAGGAGCUGCUGUUUCAUGGCAAGGAGACUGACCUUGCCCUGAUGUGUGACGGGGCGUGGACCUCGGUCGCGGCGAAGCCGUUUGAGGAUACGGGUGUGUACUCUGGGUGA